AUGCACUACUUGAAGUUCCGAGGUGACACAAUCGACCUGCGAUCCUGUAAACCGACUGGAAUAGCGGUGGGAUGCCACGUCGACGGGACGCAAGCUCCAUCUUGCCGAUUCUACGUUGUGCCCAGCGUCUUUUUCGAUUUUUCACGCUUGUUCGUUUCACAGAAGGGUGUCGUCGGCCUGGAAUAUUCGAGGUUCCACUUCCCGGAGUCUCGACUUCUCGACAAGUUCGCACAGACUUGGGGUCUUCUCCGCUUGGGGUCUUCUCCGCUUGGGCAAGCAAUGGCAUUCAAUAUGGACCAUGAGUGA